AUGCGACAAGCUUUGUUUGACGUACUUUGUGAAGUUAAAGAGAAAACUGCCUUACAAAUACGAGCAGGAAAUGAUGAUCAACCGGAGGAUCCUCAAUUGAUGCGGUUGGAUAAUAUGCUGGUGGCCGAAGGCGUAGCAGGACCAGACAAAGGUGCGCCGCUUUCGGGGGAUGCUUCCGGUGGAGAUCAGGCUGACUAUCGUCAAAAACUCGGCCAAAUUCGUCUUGUCUAUAAUCAAGAGCUCCAGAAAUAUGAAGAGGCAUGCUCGGAAUUCACUCAACACGUGAUGUCCUUACUUAAAGAUCAAUCUCGUGUCCGACCUAUUAGUCAGAAGGAGAUUGAACGAAUGGUGUCGAUAAUCCAAAAGAAGUUCAGCGGCAUCCAAGUCCAGCUUAAGCAGUCCACGUGCGAAGCUGUCAUGAUCUUGAGAAGUCGUUUUUUGGAUGCAAGGCGUAAGCGUCGUAAUUUCUCAAAACAAGCAACGGAAGUUCUCAAUGAAUAUUUCUACUCACACCUGAGCAAUCCGUACCCGUCGGAGGAGGCCAAAGAGGAACUCGCUCGGCAGUGUAACAUUACAGUGUCCCAG